UUUUAAGAAAAUGGAAUUAGGCUAUGACAAAAUUCAGAAUGAUUGAGCUAAGAGAGAUACAGAGUACCUGAUUCGUGAGAACAUUAUCUUAAAAUAAGGAAAUCUCUGUUUUAACAGAGCAGUUGAUUGAUAAAAAUAAAGCUAUUGAUGAGACUAUUUUAAAGGUAAUUCAGCUACAGAGAGACCGAAUUCGAAACCUUGAGAAUGAGUACGAUGACUUGUAUGAUAAAUAUGAGCAAGAAAUGCGAAAAGGAUCAAAACAAAUAUCUGUAGCUGACAUCAUCGACCAGAAGGUUCAAAAAGAAACCGAAGAAAUUAUGUCAAAAACUACGAAUGAAGGGCUUCAAGAAGUGAUUAAAGAAUAUGCUAAGCAAAUUUCUACGUUGAAGGCAAAAAUUACUGAACAAGGAGCCCAAAUUUUGUUGGGCAAGGAUGACUCCUCUUCGCAAAAACCCUAUGGAUACGAUAAGAAAGCUCCAAAGAUGGGUGUCAUAAAGAGGCCGAGUUUGAAUCCUAAGCAUCUCGCUCCUAUACGGGAUUCCAGAAGUCUCUCUCGUGACUCUCAUUACGAAGCAAAUCAAACUUUUGACAACGCUGAUAAAAGUCCAAUCUGGAGUAGGAAUCAAUUUAAUGAUAAUAACCCUUACAAUAAUAUCCAUAUGACCCCUCAGCUAGGGACAAAUAAAGAGAGAAAGAUGGGGCAUCCAAGUUCAAUGAAGCUGACAAGUGCUAUGAAAAGGCCUUCAGCCGCAAACAAGAAUGUCUAUAACGGUAGGAGUAUGUACCGAAAGUUUUAA